CACACACACACCACAACACAACCACCACACCUACCCGCACCUGACUAAUGGGUAUGCAGGUUUACGGAGGCGUCCUUGGCUGUUUGGUGGUGGUGGGGAGGUGGCGUGACCUGGGAUGCUUAGCUGGGUGAGGGCGAGGCGAGGGAGUCAGGUAGUGAGGGUCAAAGGUGCACAUACCUGGCCAGAUUACUGUGUACCUGUCUAGUAUUGAGGUCAGGUGAGGUAAUGUGGUUGAUUCAGGGUUUGCAGGAGUGAGGAGGAGGAGGAGGAAGAAAGCAAGAGUGAGAAGGAAAAGGCAUGAAGAAGGAAGAUAAGGGGGAGGUAGAGAAGGAAAGGAAGGGAGUGAAGGAAGAGUAGGGGGAGAAAGAGGAAAACAAGGGCGUGAAUUUAGAGGAGGACGAGAGGGAGGAGAAGAAAGAAUGGAAGGGCGUGAAAGAAAAGGAUGAGAAGGAAAAGGACCUGAAGGAAGAGGAAGUAAAGGAGGAGAAGGAAAGCAAGUCUGUGUUAAGGAAGAAGAGAAGGAGGAGGAAAAUUAGACGGAAGUGAGGGCAUGAAGGAAGAAGAGGAGGAAGAUGAGAAUGAUAAUGUAAGCAAGGGUUUACAUGCAAAGUAGAAGAAGGACCAGGAGGAGGAGGAGGAGGAAAAUAAGAUUGGCGGAGACACAAGGGAAAUAAACGGAAGAGAAGACGAAGAGUGAAGAGAAAAACAAAAAGAAAACGAAGCGAUGUCUGCAAAGUAAAAAGAAAAGGAGAAACAGUAAAAAAAAAAAAAGAAAAGAGCAGGAAAGGAGAAGAAAUGGAAAAUAAAAAGGGAAAGAAAAAGUAGAGGAGGUGAAAAGCAUUAAAAAGCGAACGUAAUUUACUGAAUGUUCUCACUCGUUUUCAGAAUGCAGUGUUCAGUGUAGGCAAGAAGGAAAGCGUGCAAGACUGAGCUGUUUUUUAACGUCUUCGCUAUUACUUUUUGUUACGUUCAUAAUUACUUCUUUGUUUGUUGCGUACUGCGUCGAAAACUAAGGAAGAAAAUUAGAGAAGGAAAGAAAUAGAUAUGAAAAAAAAGUGACAAAUAUCUCUCGUCGGAUCGUAAUGGCUACUCAAAUUAAGGUCAUGAUGAAAGUUUAAAAGAGGAAUUAUAUAAACAAAAAUAAAUAAAUAAAUAAAUAAAUAAAAAUGCGCCAGAAAAAGAAAAGUUAACUAUGACUUUUCUUGUGUGUACGUAUCAAACUAUGAUUUUUGAAACUUGAAAGACGAGUUAUAAGGACAUGAGGAAGUUAUGUCUUUUAUAUAACCCUGAUAUAAUGUCGCUCCUCCAUUAAAUAAGAACAUGAACAAAUCUACGGUAAAAGGAUGUAUAGAAUGAGUUAAGUGGCGGUGAAACAGAAGCAGGAUGUGGAACCAAAAUAUUAACUAGAAGAAUGUGUAACGUGAGAAAGUGGCAUUCAAAUACGAACUUAGAGAAAUGUAAGGAUAUGUAACAAUAGCAAAAAAAAUGUAUAAGUAAAAAAAGAUGCACUCAAACACAAACUGAAAGAAAUGCAAGGAAAUUAAACUAAUAUAUUACAAAAAAAAAAAAAAGCCUUAUAUAUAAAAACUGACACUCCAUUAUUAACUAAAACGAAUACUGGAUGAAAAAAAAAAGUGGUAUUCAGACAUAAACUAAAAAAAUAAAUAAAUAAAUACACCUACAGUAAGAGACUAGUAUUAAAAUAUUAACCAAACGAAUACUAAAUUAUCAGAAGCUGACACUCAAACACAGACUAAAGAAAUAUGGACGAUGCAAAAUGACACUGAGAAGAAUGAAUGAGAAAGUAGCACUCAGACUUUAAGAAUAUAUAAAUAAAUAAAUAGAUUAAAAAGAACGAGAAAAGGAGAAAGAUAAAACGAUAAGGAAAUAAAAGGAAAAUAACCACAAAUAAAACACUGAAAAGAUGCAAAAAGAACUGAUGUGGAUUAAUUGCUACAUAGACGAACAUUUUAUGAAGUGGAUGAGGUGAAGGAGGUGGAAGGUGGAGAGGCAAACAUGACCUUCCCCUUCUUGACCUGACCUGACCUGCCCACCAUGCCCAAACUGUACUGGCGCAACAGGAAUGAGGAGGCAGGUGUGGGAGACGUAGCGGCCACCCGUCAGGGCACGCAGGAAGCCAGCCCGAGGGGUCAGCGCCUGUGGCCGGGCGGGGGCGAGGAUCCCACCGAAGGAUCACCGGAGCUGCUGAAGAUAAACACCCACAGCUCGGGACUCAAGACUGGCCGCCAUUUUGACCACGGCUUGGACACCUUCCGUUCCCACAGCAUUGAAAUAGGGAAUGGGCUGCAGAGUCCUUUAGCUUCCCACCGCAACGGCCACAUCCCCAACGGCGUGAGGAACGGGUCUCUGGCAGCCCUGCGCGUCCCAGCUCACGGCGGCUUCAGGAACAGCUCUGGCGUGGCCUUGGCUGUGCACGGCAGGAGUGAGUUCGACACAGACGCCGAUGUUGACAUUGCGACCAUGGCGGCACAGAGAGACCAGCUGAGGGGCACCAGGAAUGUGAGGGGCAUGAUGGCGCCGGUCAUGAGCAAAGAGGACGACCCUCGGACCCGCAGUGCGAACCGUAAGAUGUUCCUCACCAAGCAGCGAAGUGAGUCAGUGCUGGACAGCCAGGACGAGGUGGAUGAGAAGGGAGGCAGGCCGUACCCAACCAUGGAGCAAGAGGACAGGAGCCGAGGGGAGGUUUUGGGGGGCAUAAAUCGCAGAGGAACUUUCCCUAAUGGGCAGGGCAGAGUGGGUGGCCUCGGAAGCAUCGCCAUGAGACCAAUGCGGGACUACCUGGACACUUCGGGCCGCGGGGACAUCAUGGCCCAGUCGAUGAGGAGGCAAAGUUUGCGAGGCUCCAAGCUGAAUCUUUUCGACGGGAAUUACAAUCACUUUGACUCUAAUGGAGGUUCAAGGCUGAGUAUAGAGAGUUCAGAUGAGCAUGCAGGGUUCAGACAGGACGAUGACUCUUACGCUGAAGCCAAGAGGAAGAAUUUACCGAAGUUUAUCCCAAGUUCACAUGAGGACAUCCAAAUCCUAAACCUUCAGGGCUUCAUGGACGCGUCAGGCUUCAUGGACGACGGGAGAAGCAGCAGCAGGCGGAAGUACAAGAAGAAGAGGAUGAAGAGAGCCAUGGAGGGCGGAGAUGGGGAGAAAGAGAGGGAGACGUACAAGUUUAAUGCAAAGCCGAGAAGAAAGAGGUCACACAGACUCUCUAAGAACCACCUGAGUGACGACGACGGGGAGAUGGUGCUCAAGGAUGUGGAUGACCUGGACAAGCAGGUGGCGGGGCUGGUGCUGGGACCCGAGGUGGCAGGGAAGGAGACAGCAGGUCGCCCCAUCACCCUGGAGGAGGCCAGUCAACUGAGAAACCUCCUGACAGGAAGUCCCGCCCAGCCACUCUCCACCGAAUGGCUCUCACAGAACUUUAAGCAAAACGCCAAUCCUAAUUUGUCAUACGGCAUUGUGCAGAAGAAGGGAGGGCCGUGCGGGGUGCUGGCCUGCGUGCAAGCCUACAUGAUGAAGAGCCUCAUCUUUGGCACCUCCAUCGCGCCCACCAUUAGCCCAGUCAGUCCCCUGCGCCCCUCACAGAGAGAGUGGCUGUGGGCACUUGCUGUGGCCAUCACGGAGAUCCUGUGGAAGGCUGGACAGGGGGAGAAGGCAAUUCUAGCCAUGCCUGGGUCCUUCGCACACUUCACAGAGCACGGGGUGGGGCGGUACAGUCAGGAUGGGAUGACCGAGAACCUGGCGCUGCAUGAGUUUGUGGAGCAGCGGGACCUGUAUGAUGCAGUGACGCGCCACCUCACGGCCUUCACCUCGGAGACCUCCUCGGGCUGCGUGGUGCUGCUCUACUCCCUUAUCCUCACCAGAGGCAUCGAGAACAUCCAAGAAGACAUGGACCCUGGGGGCGGCCACUUGAUCAACUCCCACGGUUACUCCUCGCAAGAGAUCGUCAACCUGUUGCUGACAGGGCGCGCCUUCACCAAUACCUUCAACGGAGAGCACAAGCUGGGCGGCAACUCACCCCAGCAGGAGUCUGUUGUGCUCAGAGGCAUCACUCAGAAGGCGGAGAUUGGCCUGCUGUCCCUCUUUGAGCACUACGACUGUUAUAAGCUAAAAACAACAACAAACAAAAACUGCUUUAAAAACAACAACAAUAACAACAACAGCAAAGAAAGCGAAGGAAGGAGGAAGAGGAGGGAAGUGGAGGAAGGGGAGAUAAGAACGAAGGUUGGCACACACCUCAAGGCCCCCCAGUAUCCCAUCUGGGUAGUGUGCUGCGAGAGCCACUACAGCUGCUUGUUUAGCCGAGACACCUCCGUUACCUCAGACACUCCGCCCAUCACCACCUUUGACAUCUACUACUAUGACGGUCUGGCCUUGCAGGAGGAUGAGAUACGCCUGACUAUCGGGUCCCUGCAGAGGUGGACUGCCCAGAGGCUGCCAGGGGACCAUCACUCCACAGGAGUCUCCAGCACUACAACAGCUCCACUCCCUGCAUCACUGAUGCCAACCAAUACCUCCGGCAUUGCACAGUCAAUGGAUGCUACCCUUUUUUUUUCUCACAUGUAGCACACAAGUCCUGCCAUCCAUGCUGCAGCUGUCUGAAUGGCAACAUGCUCUGAGGUAAUCCAAUCAAUAGGACUUCACAUAACACUCCAAUGAAUUAUCAGGCAAGCAUCCCAAAUGUGUCAAAUUCCUUCCUGCAAGGUUUAUUUACUCAGCAGGUGAAUGUAUAUGACUAUUGCAGGUUAGUGGAUCAUGCUUACCGGUGAUUCAGGAUUGUAUUCUUAAGUGUUUUCUUCUCUCUCAAGGACUAAUUUCAGAGGCCACACAUGAUUAGUUGGGUUCUCAUAGUACUAUUUUCCUACUGAUAAUGUAGUAUCCAUUUUGAAUGUAUAAUCAUGGAAAACAUCUUAAAAACCCCUAGGACUUCCACUACAGCCUGUUAAAAGAAGUCUAGAUAAGAUGCUGAAACAUUUGAGAAUACAGUCCUCAGUAUAAACUGUACUGUACACAUUAGCAAUGAACCUCUACAUGUGGGAGUCAAGGUACAGACACACAUGCACCUCCCUGAGAACCUGGAUGAGAAAUAUCUGGCUGGCAUCACCUGAGAAAAUGUUUUAAGCAAGGAACACACAAUACAAAGCUGGUGAACAGAACCUUCAGGCACAACACAUCCCCAGAAAGAUUACAACAUGGUCUAGAAUUAAUGUAAAGAACAACACUGAUACAAACAUAUUUUUUCAUGAGAUCUUGUAACAUUUUUCUUACACAUUUUUUUUUUUAACAGGUUUUGUAAAUAAUCCCUUUCUUUGGUAAAUCUUGUAACACCUUUUCUUCAACAGGUCAUAAAUAAGGAUGUCGACUCACAAUCAUAGAUAAGCCAGUGGAGUUUGGAGGUCACAAGAUGAUUCCACAAUACCUGGCACAAAUGUGGUCACCUGGCACAAGUGUGGUAGACUCACUCUGUGAAUACAGCUUCUUUCCUAUCCACCAACCACCAAACAUCAAGACCUAUGUAUCCUACAGCACAGUUUGUAUAUCUCAAAAUAACUAUGUACAUAUUCUGAAAAUAACACAUACAUUGUACUUUGGAUCACCACAGUGGAGUGCACACAUGCCAAAUACAGAAAGGGCUUGAAUCACUUACAAUUUCAUGUGCAAUGGUUCCCCAGAAUUCACAAGGGCUAUGCUUCAGACAGCCUCUUGAAUACCUAGGAGACAUUGUGGUUGUGUUCAUCCUGAGGUUAGAACUUGUUUGAUUUUGGAGAUUCUAAACCUGACAAACACACACUUGGUAUUUAAAGUCCGAAAUAGUGAAAAUAUUAAUAGUACCAUGAAGUUUAGAAGUCAGAAUAAGCAGACAAAUAACAUUUUUGAGAUUAGACUUUAUGAUCCAAAAUAGAGAAAUGAACACUAAAAUCCAAAAUAGGGAAAUGAACACUUCAAGAUAAUCUGUUCAUGUCAGAAAGAUAAGAGAAAUGAACACUAUUCAGAUUUAAAAUAAGAGAAAUGAACACUUCAAGAUAAUCUGUUCAUGUCAGAAAGAUAAAAGAAAUGAACACUAUUCAAAUUCAAAAUAAAAGAAAUGAACACUUCAAGAUAAUCUGUUCAUGUCAGAAAGAUAAGAGAAGUGAAUACAAGUUCUUAAGGCCUGGAAGAGUCACGUACAAAGGGAAAACCUGUGUCUGUAGCUGCAAAAACAUUACUAAUCUUUCCUUCAUUUCUGUGGUAUUGCGCAAAGGCACAUUCACCUCCACCUUCCUUUCACUGGAGUGCAUGAUCCUGUCUACACAUGAAUAAACCUGCACUAAAAUUCAAUCCUGAGGAAGAUACUCAACUUUCU